AUGCUCCUUAGGGACGGGAAUAGAGAUUCGAUGCGCAGAACCAAUUCCAGGGUGCCAGAAGGCUCUCAAGACGACACAUUCGAACUGAUAGGUGAUGUGAACAGCAGAAUUUUAGAUGAGGGUCAGGGGCAGCAGAAUGAACAAGAUCACAUACAACCACAGCUACGUCAAGGUAUGGCGAACUUGAACUCCGAAUUGCAAGCUAUGCGAGACCGAAGCGUGCCGCAACGCAACCAAGACCAGAGAAGGGCCAGGUGGGUAGACGAGCACAAUCAGCGCUGGCCCCCAGUGGCGCUGAGACGACAUUAUCUGCGGCUCUUCUUGCGCAACCUGCUGUUGUUGGACCAUCUAUUGAUGGUGUUUCUCUUUCCGUUCUCGGUGUACAACGUGCUCAAAAUCCUGCUUGCGGAAGUAACUUUCUCGAACAGCGACUUUGUGGCGGACAUUGCCACGUACUGCCAUUAUUCGAACAUUCUGAGCGAAGAUGGCAGAUCUGUGGUCUUCUUUAAGAGCGGAUUUGGACUGUUGGGCAAAUUUCACAAUAUAAUUGUUUACUAUUCUGCUCCACUAUUUGUGUGGGCUUCAUCGAAAGCUGCCCUUGGUACGUGGGUUAUAAAGGCCUACGUAUCGCUGAUCAAAACGACCGCUGUGACCCUAUACACCGUCUAUGGAGUGGGCACAAGUGUCUACGUGUGUUUUGCGACUUUCUUCUUCGCUCUGUGUCUGUUGAUGACUGGAUUCAGACGCUACAAGGGUGCUGCAAGAAUAAUGGGGCAUCUGUAUCGCACCAUGGUGGGGGUCUUUUGA